GUGCCGUCCCAACACGUGCCUGGUAAAGGAAAGGGAGGAAAGAAUACAACAAAGAUCGUAAUCAUUAGUGUAUCUUCAAUUGCAGUCGUAGCAGCUCUUUUGGGUUUGUGGUAUUAUUUAUCCUGUGCCAGAAGGAAAAGACAAGAAGAGGGAGAGACGAGCGAAAUAAUCCUUCUUCAAAACUGGAAAGGUUCACCGUCUGUACACACAAUGGAUAGAAAUAUGCAUGCCGGGGAUCAUGACAACAGUGGAGAAAUGCAUUACUACAGUUUGGAUACCAUACAGACUGCUACGAGCAAUUUCUCUGAUGCAAAUAAGCUUGGAGAAGGUGGUUUUGGCCCAGUUUACAAGGGACAGCUGAGUAGUGGAAAGGAAAUUGCAGUUAAAAGGCUUUCCAUUAAAUCUAAACAAGGUCUGGAAGAGUUCAAGAAUGAAGUAAUGCUAAUCGUGAAACUCCAACACAGAAAUCUAGUGAGACUCUUGGGCUGCUGCUUGGAAGGAGAUGAAAAGCUUCUUGUCUACGAGUACAUGGCCAAUACCAGUCUUGAUGCCUUCCUAUUUGAUCCAAAAAAAUGCAGAGAACUAGACUGGGAUCGGCGUAUAAACAUAGUCAAUGGGAUUGCAAGGGGCCUUCUAUAUCUACACGAGGACUCCCGGCUGAAAAUCAUCCAUAGGGAUUUGAAAGCAAGCAAUGUGCUGUUAGAUGAUGAGAUGAAUCCAAAGAUAUCAGAUUUUGGCACAGCUAGGAUGUUUGGUGGCAAUCAAAUAGAAGCCAACACUAACAGAGUCGUCGGGACAUACGGAUACAUGGCGCCAGAAUAUGCAAUGGAGGGACUAUUUUCAAUAAAGUCCGAUGUUUACAGCUUUGGAGUUCUGAUGCUUGAAAUCCUGAGUGGGACAAAGAACAGUGGAUUCUAUCAACCAGAACGUGCACAAAGCCUUCUAUCACAUACCUGGCAGCUAUGGAAUGAAGGAAAAGGACAGGAGUUGAUUGAUCAGACAUUAGUGGGCACUUGUCCUGUACCCGAGGCUCUGAGAUUGAUCCAUAUCUCAUUGCUGUGUGUUCAGGAAGAUCCUAAUGUCAGGCCUCCCAUGUCAACGGUUGUUCUUAUGCUUGGGAGCAAAACGAUAAACCUUCCUCCGCCAUCUGCACCUCCAUUCACCAUAGGUAGACUUUUGACGUCUGAUCAAUCUUCAACCACUGCCACAGGAACAGGAAUUUCCAUAUCUGAUCAAUCUUCAACAGGCCCUCCUACGGUUCUACCUAGUCAAGAGAUCAUUAGCUGGAGCACCGCUUCUCCAGCUACUUGAAAAGACUUAUAUAUUGUUUACGUUUGAUCACAUGUAUUAAUUUUUUCUUACCAGCC